GAGGAAUUAAAUGAGUGUCUUCUUGCAGUGAUCUGGAGCCGACUCGGUGAGUCAAAAGAAGCAUCAACUCGAUCAACUUUUUAGGUCAAGUGAGUUGCGGGGGGUUUUUAAGGUUUAUUAAAAACGUUAUUUGACUGCCAAGAAGAAGGCAGUAGUGAAGAAGGAAGGAAGAGCUUUUAGAUCUGGAAGAAAGCCUCUGAGAGGACCAUAAUGCCACACCCUUAUUUUCACAAGCUGAUUCUCCCUUCCACAAUCCAAGCCAAAGAACUGAGGAUACCAGAAAAUUUUGCCAACAAAUUUAGGGAUGAGUUUUCAGCUGUUGCUACACUCUCCAUUCCGGAUGGUCAUGUAUGGCAAGUAGGAUUGAAAAGGAUUGGGAACAGUGUUUGGUUUCACAAUGGUUGGCAGAAAUUUGUUGAACGCUACUCCAUCCGGGUUGGGUACUUUUUAAUAUUUACAUACGAAGGGAAUUCGCGUUUCUUUGUUCAUAUAUAUAAUUUGGCAGCUUCUGAGAUAAGUUAUCAGUCCAAUGCACUUGGUGGCACCCAUGGACUCAUUUAUGGCAAUCAGUAUAAUGUAUUUGAAGAAAUGGAAGAUGAUGACUCUGCUGCAAUCAUGGGUUCCUCCCUUCCAUGCCUUACUAGCGGGCCUUUGAAAAAUAAGCUGCUUGGUGAAUGUGGAGAUCAAUUGACACCUAGUAGAAGUUACACUCCUCCCUCACUGCAGAAUUUGUUCAAUGGGUCUCAACUUAAGAACUGUUUAAAUUGGGCUGGUGAAAGGAACCUUCAUCCGUCCAAGGGUUUUAGGAAGUCACCUGCGGAAACUGAACCCACUCGAAAUGUAGGUGUUCAGUUUAAUGCAAUCGAGUUUAAAAAGACUUUGGAUGAAGUAAAAUUUCAAAGUCCAGAUCAAGAGACUCAGAUUAAAAAAACCAUGAGAAAAAAGCGGAAACCUGAUCCCAAUGAGCAGGAGUCAUCUGCUCGACAUGAAGAAGUAGAAAUGCGAUUUAGAUUUUAUGAAAGUGCUUCUGCAAGAAAGAGAACAGUAACGGCAGAGGAACGGGAAAGGGCUAUCAAUGCAGCCAAAGCAUUUGAGCCAGCUAAUCCUUUCUGCAGGGUUGUCCUGCGACCCUCCUAUUUAUAUAGAGGGUGUAUAAUGUAUCUGCCAUCCUGCUUUGCUGAAAAGAAUCUAAGUGGGGUUUCUGGAUUCAUCAAACUUCAGGCUUCUGAUGGGAGACAGUGGCCUGUCCGAUGCCUUUACAAGGGAGGUAGAGCUAAGUUAAGCCAGGGAUGGUAUGAAUUUUCGUUGGAGAAUAAUUUGGGGGAAGGAGAUGUUUGUGUCUUCGAGAUGUUGAGGACGAGAGAUAUUGUGCUGAAAGUUACCCCAUUUCGUGUUCUUGACAAUACAGGUCUGGUGGUCAACCAUUCAUUACAGCAAAAUGUCGGGCAAACCAAAUUUAUAAUUUAGUUGCUGGUAAUCUCCAGUUUUACAAUCUGUAUCAAGCAACCUUACCUUUUAGAGUUACUGAUCUCACUUGUUCAUGUGGAAUUUAGUUGCCGUUUAGUGUCCAUAAACAUUCCAAGAUGGCGGUGGGAUUUUAGUUUUCUUACAAACUUGAACACAAAUUUUAUGUCCGGACUAGGGUUGUAAAUAGAUUGUGCAAUCUAGAGUUUGUCAAACUGGACCAGACCAGUUCAUCCUAGUCAUUCCUCUUUUUUCCAUCUAAAGAUUUUCUAUUUUCAGCU